GGUAUUUAUAGUAUCUUCAAAAAUAGAUAAUAGUUAUAUAAUGCCGUGCAGGGGAUAUAUUUGUAACACAUUUCUUAUGUAACACUAAAUCAGUAUUAAGUAUUAACAUCAAACAUGGCGAAGUGUAAUGAAAUAAUUUCUAAACAUUUAGAAACUAAUAGUCACUGUGCAUUUUGUGGCAUUAGUGCAAGUAGUAAAUGUGCAGCAUGCACAUUGGUUGUGUAUUGUUCAAAGGAACAUCAAAAAGCUCAUUGGAAACAACAUAAAAAUGAAUGUGUAUCUUAUGAGUUACAAAUAGAUUCAAUUGUAGGUAGACAUCUGAUAGCUAAACGUACUAUUAAUCCAUCCGACAUUAUAAUUCAAGAAGAACCAUUAGUUAUAGGUCCUAAGUUUCCAACAUCAGAACCAAUAUGCAUUAAAUGUUUACAACGUUUGAAAAGAUCAGAGUCUAUAGUGGAAUCUUUGUGUGAAAAGUGUUUAUGGCCUAUUUGUGGUGCAGGAUGUGUAGUAACAUCAAUCAAUCAAAAUACCCAUGAAGGUGAAUGUAAAGUAUUAAUGAAAGGAUCUGAAAAAAUUGCCCAAAAUAAUGAUUAUAUGUAUGAUGCUUUAACUCCUUUAAAAUGUCUACUAUUGCAAUUCACGGAUAAAAACAAAUGGAAUCGCCUAAUGGAAUUAAAGAGUCACAUAGAAUACAGAGGCCCAGGAUCAGAAGUAUACGAGGAGAUUAAUUCAGUGUAUAAUUAUUUAAGAAAUAAUUAUUUGAGUGGAGAAUUUGAAACUCCAUCAGACCUUAUACACAAAAUAUGUGGUAUUUUAGAUGUAAAUGCUUUAGACGUUCAAGUAGCCGGAUUAGAGUUAACUGCUAUAUAUCCCACAGUAAGCAAGCUAGAGCACAACUGUUUACCAAAUACUGGCAUAUCAUUUGAUGCAUGUGGACGUAUUUAUGUUUAUGCGUUUCGUAAAAUUGUUAAGGGUGAACAUAUAACUUCCAUGUACACUAAUGCAUUAUGGGGAACCCGAGAAAGGAGAGCUCAUCUUUUUUCUACAAAAUAUUUUAAAUGCAAAUGUAAAAGAUGUUCCGAUGCUACAGAACUGGGCACUCAUUUUAGUACUAUUGUGUGUAAUGUAAAAGAUUUUUGUAAAGGAAAUUUAACUCCUAUACAUCCUUUAGAUGAUUCCAGUGAAUGGGAAUGUGACAGGUGUCCGACAACUGUUUCAUCAGAUAAAAUUGAUACAAUUUUAACAGAGUUAAAUUACAUUGUUGAUAAAGCUCUCCGAAAUCCAAGUAUAAAUUCACUAGAAGAUGCUAUUUCAAAGCUGAAAACCCGUGUUCAUUCAAAUCAUUAUUUAUGUUUUAAUUUAAAACAUACAUUAAUACAGCUGUAUGGCCAUUCAAUGGGUUACAAACAUUCAAUGUUAACUGACGAUUUAUUGAAAAGAAAAUCUGAACUAUGCAGAGAAAUGUUUUUCGUACUAAACAUCAUUGAUCCAUUAUAUACACGGUUGAACAUUUAUACUUCAGUGAUAUUAUUUGAACUUCAUUUGGCCUUGUUGGAAUCAGCUACAAGAAUAUCAGAAAAUAAAGCUGAAAGUAAAGGAAUGUAUGACGAAGCUAAAGUAUUAUUAUCUAAAGCAUUAGAUAUACUUAAAAAUGAACCAGAAGGAUCUCCAGGUUUUAAGUUACUACAAGCUUACAAGCCUAGUAUCAUUACUCUUAAGUAGUAUACAGUUCAAAAUAAAUUAUACUAAUCAUCUUUCAUAUAUAGAGAACUAUACAAAAAUUGUAUCAACAGGAGCCUGUCAUAAGCGAUCAACAGUAAUUUUAUUUUUAUGUGAUAAUGAGGAAUUAGUACUAAUAUUAGUGAAUCAAAUUAUUAAACUGCAAAGUAACUAUAACUGUAGUCGAAGUUAGAAAUCCUAUAACUUACCUAACCACUGCUGGUUAUAAUUGUAGUUGAGACUUGAAUAUUAUUAGUUUUUAAUUAUUAUAUACUUGAUAUUAUUACCCACAUGUGGUAUACAUAUCAUAUGAUAAUUUUUUGCUAGAUACGGAAUUGAUUUUUAACCAAUUGUGGCGUUAAUAAAAAUAUUUUAACAGUAGUAA